UUCUUAGUGUAACGUAUGCCUUCAUUUGACCACAAAAACGUUUUUAUUCUAGAUAUUACAUCUUCAGGUUUUGUAGUUUCUUUCCUAACCUCCUCUCCUCCUCUCCUUCAGACGGUGCAGCUGCGUGGCGCCGCCGUCAUCAAAGCCCGUAAACUGUCCAGCGCCAUGUCCGCCGCCAAGGCCAUCUGCGACCACAUGAGGGACAUCUGGUUCGGCACCAAGGACGGUGAGUUCACCUCCAUGGGUGUGUACGCCGGUGGAAACUCCUACGGCAUCCCAGAGGAUCUCAUCUACUCCUUCCCCAUCGAGAUCAAGAAUAAGACCUGGAAGAUGGUGGGCGGACUCCCCAUCAACGACUUCUCCCGCGCCAAGAUGGACGCCACAGCGGCUGAGCUGGUGGAGGAGAGAGACACCGCGAUGGACUUUCUGUCCCAGUGACUGACUCCCCCUGCUGGCCAACUGCAGCAACUUCACCUAGACCCCCAGAAGAGUUGCUGCUCGAAGCUCUGAAGAAGAAGAAGAAGAAGAAGAAGAAGAAGAAGAAGAAGCUCUCCACUCUUAUUAACCGUCCCAGCUGCCCAGUGUGUGUUUAACAGAGUAUGAGUGUGUGUGUGUCACUUGGCCACUUCUUCUCCAGGUUUUCAGAAUAAACCUAUUUAACAACCACAACCUGGCCGUCUGCACCGAGAGAAUGUCUGUGUUAGUAGAUGAUAACGCACACUAACUGUCCAGAUACUUUAAUGGAUCAUGCUGUCAGAAAUAAAACCACAAAGAAACUGA